GCCUUUAUGUUGGCUGCAAGAUGAAGUGGGUUUUCCCCUUUUCCAAUUACGGAGAAACUCUCCAUCAUGUGAUCCUCAAGUGGUGCUAUUUAAUUCUACAGGGUGGUGGAAAGGCUCCUAAGCGAACUGAUGUACCAGCUCCAAGGCUGAUCAGCUCUAAUGAACUUGAGGAGUUCCGGCCUCUUAUCCAGUACAGACGUGACCGUGACACCGGCAUGAUGUUUGAGAUUCUUGAUGGAUUGAUGCUUAAAGAUGGGUUCCUGUACAGGAAAGUACCUUUGGAUUCCUUAAACUGCUGGAGUGUGAUGCCAACGAAAGAAGAGUUAAUGAAGUUUGAAUCCUCAGAGAAAAAUGAUUCUGGUAACUUAGAAUGGCUUACACAGAUUUAUGGAGGUAAAAAGAAAAAACAAGUAAUUAGGAAUGAGAAAGGUGGGGAAAAGGGAGAAAGUUCGUCUGGGACUGGAGGUCAAGCAAACUUUGAGCUAUAUGAUUUUGUGUGCUUUCGGCGCAAAGACUUUGGUAUUGUUGUUGGAAUGGAGAAGGAUGGUAAUUGCAAGAUUCUAAAACAGGGAACAGAAGAACCGGUUGUGGUGAUCGUGGAACAGAAGGAAGCAAAGAUUGGGCCUUCAGAAAUGAAAUUUACAGCUUUUGAUCAACACAAGAAGGUCAUCUCACACAAUGAUACAGUCAGGGUCUUGGAGGGUCCAUUGAAGGACAGGGAAGGAAUUGUUAGGCAAAUCUAUCGAGGAAUUGUCUUUAUAUAUGAUCAGAACGAGACUGAAAAUGGCGGUUACUUUUGCUCAAGAGCUCAAAUGUGUGAAAAAGUCAAGAUUCAUUCGGACAAAUUCGAUGAUAAGGCUGGUGGUGAAUCCAGCUUUGGGGUCUUUGGAGGUUUUGAUGAUGCCCCAUCAUCUCCAAAAUCUCCCUCAUCGCCUAAAACAUCAUUUCAAGCAAAGGAAAGUAAUUUCAACCGAGGGGACAGGGAAAAUGCGUUCUCCAUUGGUCAGAGCUUGAGGAUCAAGGUAGGACCUCUCAAGGGCUACCUUUGCCGCGUAUUGGCUGUACGCCGCUUUGAUGUUACAGUGAAACUAGAUUCCAAGCCGAAAGUUCUUACAAUUAAAUGUGAGAAUCUUUCCGAGGUCCGUGGGAGGAGUUAUGCUGUUUUGGGCAGUGAGGACGCAGGUGCUGACUCUUUGAAACCUUUUGAUCCAAUUGGGGCUGAUGGUGGUUCUGGAGGUUGGUCAAAUGGGGCUGGAACAUCGGGUGAAGCUGAUGGAUGGAAUAUUGGGGGGCUGUCUGCAGAGAGGAGUGCCUGGCCCAGCUUCUCUACUCAGAAGCUUCCAACAGAGUCUGAUUUUUCUGGUCCAUCAAAUUCUCAAGAGCAAGGUACAGAAGAUGCUGCGUGGGAGAAGAAACCGACUGGUAAUCAGAAUUCUUCCUGGGGCGCAGCCACUACUGAUGACAAAGCCAUAACAACCAAUGCUGAUCAAGCUUGUGGAUGGGGAAAUAAUAGUGAUGCUUCUGUCAAAGCUUCAACUGACGUCAGUGGCAGUGGAGCGUCUGACAGCUGGGGUAAAGCACUUGAAAAGAAAGUGACUGCAAAUCAGAUUUCUUCAUGGGGUGCAGCUGCAAGUGAUGAAAAGAUAAUUGACAAGAGUGAAGCUUCUGGUUGGGGGAACAGUGGAGAUGGCUUGGAAAGAUCUACUGCUGUAAUUGGUCCUAGCAGUGGAGCGUCAGAUGACUGGGGUAAAGCUCUUAAAUCCAGUCAAGAUCCAGUUGAUGCCGCUUCCACCUGGGACAAAGGGAAGAAUGUUGAUGGAAAUCCAACCAGCAGUUGGGGUGGUGGGAGUUCCUGGGGUAAAGCAAAAGAUGAUGCUGGUAAUGGAGGACCAUUCGAAAAGAAUAAGAGCUUGGAUGGAGGUGAUGGUGGCUGGAAUGUUAAAGUUGCUGCAGCUGACAGCCUGCCCUCUGGUUGGGGCAAACAAAGCAGUUGGAGUAAUCCUCAGUCUUCUCAAGGGAACUCUAAUUGGAACCAGAAAACGUCUGAAGCUGGUAAAGAUAAAGAGAGUAGGGAGCAUGGAGAAACUUGGAAGGGUGGGGAUGGAACGGCAAGCUGGGACACUAAAGCAGUUAACUCCAAUGACUCCCAGCCCUCUGGGUGGGGCAGCAAAAAUGGGUCGGGCAAUCCUCAAUCCGAUCAAGAUAGUGCGGGUUGGAAUCAGAAAGCCUCUUACCCGGAGAAGAAAGAUGUGGCGGAGCAAGGAAAUGAUACUAACAGUUCUGGUUGGAAUGAUAAAAGCAAUUGGAACUCUAAAUCUGGUGAUGGCUCCUCUAGCCAGGGAAAGAAGAGUGAUUGGAAUUCUGGGUCUGCUGCUGCUGCUGGGAAUGCAGGAGACUCUACAUGGGGUAAAAAAGCUGAGUGGAACUCUGGCCCCAGUUCUAAUGAUGCCAACAAAGGUUCCAGUUGGGGGAAGACGAGCAAUUCUAACUCUGCCUCUGUUGAUACUGGUGGGAGUAAGAAAAAUGGCUGGAAUUCUGUUUCUAAUGAUACCAACAAUCAGGGGGGUUCCAGCUGGGGAAAGACCAAUUGGAAUUCUGGGUCAGGUGCUGGUGGGAGUGCAGAAGACUCAGAAUGGGGUAAGAAAGCUAACUGGAAUAAUAAUUCUAAUGAUGCCAACGACCAUGGGGGUGCCAGUUGGGGAAAGAAACCUGUUGAUGCUGCAUGUGGCAUUGGAGAGGAAGCUGGUGGAAAUGCAGGGUCCUCGUGGAGUAAAAAGGCUAGCUGGGGCGCUGGUACUAAUGACAAUACCAACCAAGGGGGUUCUAGUUGGGGAAAGGCCAGCAACUGGAACUCUGGAUCUGUUGAGGAAGACGAUGGAAAUGCGGGAUCCUCAUGGGGUAAAAAGGCUAGCUGGGGCUCGGGUUCUAAUGACACUGCCAACCAAGGGGGUUCUAGUUGGGGAAAGACGAGCAACUGGAACUCUGGUGCUGGUGAUGCAUCAGGUGGUGGGAACACAAACUCCUCUACUUGGGGAAAUAAAAAGAGUGACUGGAAUUCUGGUUCAAAUGAUAAUGCCAACAACCAGGAUUCUUCUGGAUGGGGUGGCAGAAAGGUGGGAAGCUGGAACUCAGGAGCUGCCGGGGGAGACACAAACCAGGAAGAUGGCAACAAUAACCGUGGGAACUGGAGGGGUGGUUAUGGAGGUAGAGGUGAUUCGGAUAGAGGGGGUAGCUUUAGAGGCAGAGGAGGGGAUAGAGGAGGUUUCCGGGGUAGAGGUGAGAGAGGAGACUUUGGAGGUAGAGGGGAGAGAGGAGGUUUCAGGGGUGGUAGAGGAGGGGAAAGAGGUGGCGGUGGGUUUGGAGGUAGAGGACGAGGCAGGUUUGAGAGUGGAGGUGGUAAUGGUGAUUCCGAGAGUGGAGGUUUUGGGGGCAGAGGUAGAGGGAGGGGAAGGUGGGGGGAUCAAGGAGGCGGUAGCAGCAGCUGGAAUGAUGGCAACAAUUUUGGUGGUGGUGGCGGCGGAGGAUGGAAAAGCAACAAUGAAGCAGGAGGCGGUGGUAGGGGUUGGAACUAUGGUGGAGGUGAGGAUAAGAAGGAAUUGAAGAGCAGUUGGGGUUCUGGAAAUAAGAACGAAACAACAGGUGGUGGUGGGUGGAGUGGGAGCGAGGGCGAGGAUAAGAAGGAAUGGAAGAACAGCUGGGGUUCUGGAAGUAAGAACGAAACAGCAGGUGUUGCUGAGAGUGGAGGCGAGGAGAAGAAAGAAUGGAAGAGCAGUUGGGGUUCUGGAAGUAAGAACGAAACAACCGAUGCUAGUUGGGGUUCUGGAAGUAAGAAUGAAACUGCAGGUGCUGCUGGGGGGAGUGCUCAAGGAGGAGGAGGUUCUGGUUCUGGAUGGGGCCAGUGGGGAAAGGCUCAAGCUGACAACGGGGGUGGUGGCUGGAAAUCGGGUGAAUCAUCGUCUAUUUUAGGGCAGUACAAGGGUCAAGGAGGAGGAUCAGAAGAUGGAAAUGGUCAAUCCACUGUGGGUUGGGGUGGGAGUUCAUCGGGUUGGGAUGGCAACAAAGAUGCAGCAGCUGCAGCAACUGAAGAUCAAAAUGAUGCAUGGGGAAAAAAGCCAUCCACAGGUGGCAGCUCUUGGGGUAACAAGGAUGGUGGGAGUAAAGGAGGGUGGUAACUGGUAAGGGAGGUUUGUUAAGUGUCUCGUGCUUGGUUCUAAUAUGUAAAUAAAAUUCUCUAUCUAAUGUAGCAGAACAACACUCUUACUCUUUUAUGGCUGAUUUUGAGUUCUUGAGGUACCGCCAGCAAAUGUGCAAUUCCAGAUUGGCAGAAGAAGACGACGAUGACCCGAACCACCUCCCCCGUGUGCAGUAAGUUAACUUUCAGCGGAGGUGUUAGUUGAUUACCAUAGAUAUUGUGCCUUCUUCUUCUUCAAAUUGUUUUGCUAUCACAGAUUUGACACUGCUGGGCGUUUCCAUAUACAUUUGUAAUUACCCUUCCCCUGUUAAUGUUGACAGCGUGGUGUAGUAAUAACUUUUAAGACAUGCCACUAUCAGGGUUCGUUUCCUAUAUUCUGGGUUUGAUAGAAAUUUUCGAGAUCGGUGAAUCAUGUUUCGGUCAAUUACAUUACUCCGGACUCUUUGUUACCCUUACUAUCAUUCUUACAGUAACUUCAGUUGGGAGAGCUGUUGAAUACCAAGACCUAUAAUAAGUAAGCCAAGCUCAAAUUUGGUUGGCCAGAGUUUGAAGUGGAUUUGAGUCCAGUUUGGUUUAAUCCGAUGUAAUCCGAGUUAAUUCAUAGCUAUAUUUCUUCAACCCGAGUCUGUUUGUACGGUUUAAUCGCCAUUGUGAAGUCUCCAGUUCUGAAGGUGUGAAAGCAAAGACUAGUAGGAAAAAUGGUGGGUAAUUAGACAAUGAUAGAUUUCUUUCUUCUACAGAAGCUUUCCAUCAAUCAACAAUUUAACAUUAUACAAGGAGAAAAAUAGUAAACUGUUUGGCCCAUUUCUACCCUAUUAACAGGCCUCAGUUUGGGCCACCAUUUUCGGCCUGUCCCGUACAAAAAUUAUGAGAAUCGAUGCAAUAACAAAAUAAUAAUAAAAAUUAUUUUUUUUUAAUUUUUUUUUGUUUCCGGCUGCUAUGUUGUACAAGAAUAAUAACUAUACAAUGAUUGAAAAUUUGCAUACCAUAUUGGCCCUAUUACCAUUUCUUCUAUCAUUUGGAUUGAUCUGUGCUAUAAUAUCAUUCUCAUCUGGAUCAUCGUUCGUCUUCCGUAUUUGAUGAUAAAGUGAUAAAAAUGAGAAUCAUGAUCCACCUUGCGACCGAGGAGAAUAAUAAUUAUACAAUGAUCGUUGAUGUACAUGCCAAAUUGGCACAUUCGCUAUGGUGUCAAACUUUAAGUUGACAUUUCAUAAUGGAUAGAUACGGUUCCAACUUCCAAAUUUAAUGUCAUAAAUGAAAAUGACAUUUGAAGACAUUUUCUUGUUCAGUUUGUCGCCAUAACUUUUUUGCAUGUAAUUAUAAUGACAUUUGUAAGAAUAUAAUUAAUACUAGAUUCUCUCUAUGCACUAUCUUUCUUCAUUCACAAUCAUUAGCUCUCGAAGCAAAGUCUCGUCUAUCCUUCCGGAAUGUAUGAAUUAGAAGACCCUCCCUGGAGUUACGAAGGAUUAUCGAAGAAGACAUAUUGGGAGUCAGCUUCCCUAGACAAGUGAUUCUGAGAAGCCCCUGAUGGCAGGAGAGUUUUAUGUCCUCGUGUCAUUGCCGGUAUGGCUUUCUAGCAGCUUUUGUUGUCCCUGUUCGACCUCUAGAAGCGGCACGGCCAGUUGGCCUUAAGCUCCUGAGUCUUUGAUGUAUUCUCGUUGUUCAAACCCUCGUUUCAAUAGAAAAAAAGUAAUUGC